AUGAAACCAUCGUGGUUGAAAGAGCAUUUAUCAAAAAUUCAUUACGACAAAUUAGAGAAGCCACUUUCAUUUUUUCAGGAUCUUAAAGCAAAAAUUGAAAAAAGAGUCACUGUGAAUAGUUUAUUUAAAAAACAAUCAUCUGAUCUAGAUAAGGGACUUAUCGCUUCAUACAAAGUGUCUUUAUUGAUUGCAAAAAACUGUAAAAAAAGGUUAUUUUACCGGCUGUUAAUGAAAUAGUUAACACUGUGUAAGAAGAGGGUUCAAGUAAUAAAAUAAUGAAAUCAGUUCCUUUGAGCAAUGACACCGUCUCCGAAAGAAUUGCCGAAAUGGCUGAUGACGUCGAAAACAAACUAAUAAAUUCUUUGAGAAAAUAAUUUUGCCCUACAAAUUGACGAAUCAACAUUGACAGAUAAUAAAGCUAUUUUAUUAGCGUACGUAAAGUUUAUCAAUAACAGUAAAGAAAUCGUUGAGGUAUUAUUGUUUGCUAAAAGUUUAAUCACUGAUAGCAAAGGAUCGUCGAUUUUUCAAGUGGUGAACGAAUAUUUUACGGAAAAAAAUAUUCCUUUGACAAAUAUUAUUGCAUGCACAACGGCGACGGUCCUUCUAUGAGGGGUCAUCAUAUUGGGUUUAUUGCACACCUAAAAAAAGCUGUUUCAGGUGAUAAUGCUAUUCAUUGUGUUAUACAUCGCCAACAUUUAGCUACGAAAAAUCUAAGUGGUAUCCUGCUCGAAACUUUUCAAUAUGUUAUAAAAACUAUAAACAAGAUUAAAGCAAGUUCACUCAAUGACCGUCUGUUUCGGAAACUUUACUAAGAUAAUGAUGAGGAAUUUGAAGGAUUACUUUGCGUUUAGUAGCAAGGUAGCUUUUCAAGGGAAAAUGUUUGUGUCGAUUUUUCGCAUUAUUCAAUUCAAUCAUUGAAUUUCUCGACAAAAUUGAAAUUGGGUACCUCACAGUUUUUUUUGAAAAAAUGAAUGAAAUCAACUUGAAGCUUCAAGGAAAUGAGAUGAAUUACAUAAAUGCCAAAGGGAUAAUAUGGUCAUUCAUUUCCAAGUUUGAUCUUUAGAAAACGAAUAUAAACCGCCAAGAACUGAGUCAGUUUCUAAAUCUCAAGGCAUGUUAAAAUGUAAAUGGUGCAACUGUUGACAAAAUUCAAAUUUUCAGUGAUCAUCUUUUGCAGCUAAAAAUUAAUAUGAAAUCAAGAUUCAAUAACAUCCUCCAUUUAUAAAUUCCUAACUGAAUUUUAGAUCCAUUUUCAUUUGAAUUGGUGAAGAUCUCAAACCAUAUUUACAAUUGGAAUUUAUCGAUUUUAAACCCGACUAUAAGACUCAAAUUGUUAAGUUGUUACUUCUCCCCAUCGACGUAUCUAGCUGAAAAAGGAUUCAGCGUUUUUGUUCAGCUUUUAACGAAGCAAAGAAAUCAGUUGGAUAUUUGCAAUAAAGGUGAUCAGCGUUUAACUUUAACCAACAUUGAAUCAGACAUUGCAAAAUUAGCAGCUACUCACCAGGCUCAGGGUAGUCAUUGA